CCAUUUUUGGCCUAGUUUUGGCAAUUUCUGGUACUUAUUCAGCUUCGUUCUUCCCAGUUCACAAACACCCAAACAGUUUCCCCUUUAUUCCCGCCAAAUCCAUUCCAUUUGUAAACCCCUUAAUCACCAAUUUCCCUUCUAUCACUCCAUAACAAUGGCGGACGCUUCAAACGAAGUUUCUUCUUCAUCAUCAUCAACUUUACCCUUCAAAUCGAACAAACCUUUGCGUUCCAACUCCAAAUCCUUACUUCAGGAUCCACAAUCCUUGAGCUCCAAGACCCCGGAAAAGCCUGCGAAGCUCUCUACCAGAACUAGAAACUGUAAGGUUUCACUUUCGAUCAAAGCGAUUAAACGAGCUACUCAGAGUGUCCCUGAAUCCAAUCCUCUGUUGCCUCUUGAUCUGCCUACUGAAGAGAGUAAAUCGGUUAGAAGACAAAUAGAUUUGUUGUCGAAUGAAAGUCAAUCGGUUGAUAAUAAGUCCAAGAAAUUGCCUGAGAAUUCGGAUUCUGCAAUGCGGUUGUUGCGAUUUAAAGGUGUUGCAUCCAACUUCUCUAACGUUUGCCCUAAGAUCGAAGCCCUCACUGAUAGGUACUUAUUCUGCCUUCCAUAUUGUCUUUUCCUUUCCAUCGAUUUAUAUGUUGAUAGUAACUACAGGUUAAUUUAGAAUUUUAAUCUGACUGGCCGCUUAAGUAACCGUGAAGAAGUUUGUAAAAUUUGUUAUUUCUUUUAAAUGCAAUCGUGGUUGUUAUGGCAUACGAAGUUAGAUUGACGAUAUUGUGAUGACUGUUUGAAUCAAAUCGUUCUAGUUCCAGUUAAUUUUGUGGCAUUCACUUCUUAGAUUUUUUAAAUGACUCGAAGAGUUCCUCUGUUUUCUUAUUCUGAAUUUGAUGGCUAUGAGCGCAAGAGGUUUCCAUGUCGUCAUUUGGCUCAAUUCAAGUUUAUUUUACCUGAAGCAAUUGUUCUCAAGAAGGUUGUGGUCUAUGAUGAGAGGACCAGUUGUAUGAAGCCAGAUCUUCACAUAUCUUUCAAUUUUGGUGUUCUAGAGAAUAAGGAGGACCAAUAUAUGCAACUGAGGAAGUUGUUUCGGGCACGACUUUCAGAAUUUGUGAGUUCCCAUCGAGAGAGUGAUGAUGUUCCAAAGGAUUUGCUGCCAAAUCCAUUCAAUUUCCGAAGCCAAGAAGUUGUCGCAAAAUCCAACUUGCUAUCCCCUAUCAAGACAUCAAUUGAGCAAUUGGCCCCUGAGCAACCAAUGCCAUCAAUAGAAGGGAUUUCUUUUAACCAUCAUUCAGAAGAAAAUCAAGGUUUCCGGAUAGUUAAAUCUAUCAUGCAUGUAACUGGCCCGACUAAGCAGAAGGAAUUCAUAGGGUUAUCUCAUUUUUCACCAUCUUUUAGUCGCCGUUUCUCUCAAAAAGUUGUUGACACAUAAAUAACAAACAAUAUGUUGUUUACGUUUUAGGUUUAUUUUCAAAAUCAAAGUAAAAAAAUUAGUUCAGAAAUCA